GCCCCUACUUGGCUCCCCCUGACCCCCAGCUAAUCUAUUCAUUCCCAGCUGCCAUUGUCCCCUCCUCUUCUGAUUCAGAAGUUAGACACAAGGUAUGGUGCGGAGAAACAAGAUCUCAGAGCUCUACGUCCUAACACCACUAAAUGGAGGCCUACCAAACGUUACUUUGCUCACUCAUAUCACUCUUCUCAACCCGUCUCCGUUUCUCACGUUUUUUGAACACAAGAUCUAUCACCAUGGACCCAUCCAAGCUCGCCAUUGCCUUCAAGCCCAUGGACGAGGACGCGGAGCUGCAGUCCUCCCCUACGCCCUGGUUCGUAGUGACCAAGGCUCUAUCUGAGGUCUAUUACAAGGGCUUGCCCUCCGAACCGCUCCUCAUCGCUACAACCAAUCCCAGCCCCUUCGAAGAUCCAACUGGCCUCGAGGCCUACUCUGUCCUCAAAGAGCUUAGGGAGCUGGGUAACCACCCCCUCGCUAGUGUUUGGGACCACGGUUUGGCCGACCGCCUUCGCAGGAGCCUGAACAUGACGUGCGUGAACUGGACUAGUAUCGAAGCGCUCCGCAUUGUCAAAGACGGAGAGUCCUCCGGACCUGUUAUCGUCUGGAUUGGCGUCGAGUUCGGGGCACUCACCUUCGAGGAGGGCAGCAACGUCGCCUUCAAUUGCCACGCGUUCAUCAACCGUUACGGUUUCCGCGACUACCAUGUAGAAAUCAAGGAGUCACUGACAUUCGGCAUCCCGAUCUCGACCAAGGAUAGGCCUUGGGCUGAGGGAACUGGCAGCUUCUACCUCAGUGCUGGUGGUGAUGACAAGGGCAACAACAGGGAAUGCGAGCGCAGGAACAACAGCAGGGCACAUGAAGACAUGACCUAUACCCUGGACCUUGCCGUCAUUAAGAUCGAUGCCGGCAAGCUUGACGCCAACAACUACUGCGGCAACACCAUCAACAUUGGCGACAAGUACACAUGCCAGGAAUUCAUGGAGAAGGUCUCCAAGACCGUCCUCAUGAAUCCGUGCGAGCCAUGCUUGGUCAUCUUCAAAAAUGGCGCCAAUACUCUGACCACCAUCAGCAAGGCAAACAACGUUUCGUCGUACAUGUGCACCCAUUUUGCCGGCAAGUACUGGGAGUUGAGGGAGUGGCUGAUCAUUCCCACUGACAAGAACUCAGGCCCAUUCUCCAGGAAAGGGGACUCUGGAUCUUGCAUCACCGACAUCUUCUGCCGCAUCGUUGGCAUCCUCACUGGCAGCUCUGGUGCCACCGAUUCCUCCGAUGUGACUUAUGUCACCCCUAUAUCCUUCAUCAUGAAGGUACUCCACACUACAAAGUUCUUCAAGUAUGCCCACCUCAAACCAGUCCUCAUCUAG